GCGAAAGAGAGAGAGGGAGAAACGGAGAGCAAGAGAGGGAGAUUAUAUAAAAGAGGUGACCGGAGCGAGGCAGGACGGCAUUAACCCAAGAAAGUGAUCGCUGCUGUUCGUGGAUACACGCGAGUCAAGGAUCCUCCUGGAGUCAGCGACCACAGACCGGCAUAUCAAAUCCCUUCCGUGCCGUGACGCAUCCAUUGUUCCAGCAGCACUGUUGGACUGUGUGCCAACGAAGGACCGAGACUAAAUGUCUGUGACACUGCCAAAUGCUGCAGCUCCUGCCAAGAUUAUGAAGUUGUAAGUAGGUUACUAGAUCUGUCAUUCUCGCACCUAAUCCAUGAAAUGGCCCUCCUCUUUGAUGAGAGACUGUAACGGAAGCAGGCAUGGCAGUGCUGCUCUCCAGACUGCUCUGCCCCUUGAAGCGGGCGCAAAUGCUGCUUCUGUGCCUGGGCAUCGCCUAUCUCAUGGCAGGCAGCAUCCUGCUCAUGCAACGCUCCAACGUCCGAGUAUCCCAGCCAAGCCUCCUCGCGUUUCCUCCCUUGCUGUCGCUUGCGGCACCUCCGACCACCCUUGGGACUGCAGGCUCGGGUGUGAGGGCACGAUCCAGAUGGGCCGCAGUACACUUUGCAUCUGGAGCUGGCGCCAAGGUGGAGCAGCACUGGCCCGCCUCCCGAGGCCUGAGAGGCCAACACCUGCAUCGCCACUGGUUUCAUGGUACAUUAACGGAGAGUCCAGAGAAUGCAGGUCCUGAUCGAAAGAAGCCCAGCCAUAAAGGGACCUACAUUGGUUGCUUCCUGCACAACAUCAGCGAGCGAGCCCUUGGAGGAAUUAUGCUUUAUGACCUGCGGAAAAUGACCAGCUCUCUGUGUCAAGACACCUGCUCAGAAAGUGGGUAUCAGUUUGCAGGUUUGGAGUAUGGCGCAGAAUGUCACUGUGGGAACAGAAUCAACAGCCCGCAGGUUGCCGAGGAGGAUUGUAGUCUGGCCUGUCGGGGUGAGAGGGGUUCUCCUUGUGGCGGCGUGGGACGUCUCUCCAUUUACAAGGUGCAGGAGCAGAUGCCCGGUCACCGAAAAUUCAGGAAUGCUCACCAGCGAGGCUGCUUCAAAUUGGGGAACAACACAACCAACAACUUCCCAAUUCACUCAUUUCAAACCAAUCUCACUUCACAGUCCUGCAUCGAGACUUGCACCGACAAGGAGCUCCCGCUUGCCGUGUUCAAGAAGCCCCAUUGUUUCUGUACUUGGACAUCCUCUCUCUUCAGUCUGGACCAGCAGUCUGCUCGAAAUCGAUGUUUGGAAAACACGGGUAUGGACAGCAUCAGUAACUCCACUCCUCCAACAUCGAUUGGGCAGGACUACUAUCAGGUCUAUCACACGCCUGUUCUUGACUCCAGGUGCAAGGAGAGGAUGUUUCUACCACAGAGAUCCAGCUCUGUCGUGGCUCUCUCCAGUUUUCCCGGUGCCGGCAACACUUGGGUCCGACACCUGAUCGAGCUCAUGACAGGCUACUACACUGGCAGCUUCUAUUUUGAUGGCACCUUAUACAGCAAAGGUUUCAAAGGAGAGAAGGACUUCUGGCGGAGUGGUCGCAGUAUUUGUGUCAAGACUCAUGAGAGUGGAAAGAAAGAGAUUGAGAUGUUCGACUCCGCCAUUCUGCUGAUUCGGAAUCCUUAUCGGUCCCUGAUGGCUGAAUUCAACCGCAAGUGUGCCGGACAUUUAGGCCACGCUUCAGAUGCCCAAUGGAAAAGCAAAGAAUGGCCAGAAUUCGUCUCCAGCUACGCCCCCUGGUGGGCAUCCCAUGCAUUGAGUUGGCUGAAGUUUGGACGUCACCUCCAGGUGAUCCAUUAUGAGGAGCUCCAGAGGGCUCUCCUCCCGCAGCUCCGACUCAUCACGGCCUUCCUUAACAUCACCGCGACUGAGGAGCGACUGAUCUGUGCUCAGAGCAACCAAGAUGGCUACUUUAAACGACCAGGGGCCCAGCAGCCAUAUUUUGACCCAUUUACACCUCACAUGAGGCAAAUGAUUAACACCUUUAUUCAUACUGUCGAUGCGGCACUACAGAGCAGAAACUUCAGUGGACUUCCAAGAGAAUACAUUCAUAGAUGAUGGCGUGGGAAAUUCAUCCAAGUAGCUGUCAAUAGAGCAACACACACCACACACAGACACACACACAGACACACACACACACACACACACACGUACUGGCCAAUGUUAAUUUGACCAAGAGCUUCUUUGUCAGGGCCAGAUGCCCCAUGAGUGGAGCCACACGGUACAAAACAAAUCAUCGUGCCAUCAUUCAAUGAACCCUGAAGCCUGCAUUAAAAGCCUGCAGGCUGGACCCACUUCUCCGUGAGCAACAAAUAUGAUGAAUGCUAAGAGAGGAUUUCACAAAGAUGUGUGCGGCACCACAAGUGGAUUAUCGAGCAAAGUGUCUGACUGCACAAAAGGAUGAUUGUGCAAAUUGAAGAUGGAAAUGGUUUUCUCAACUUCUCUGUAAGAUUUUUCUUUUAGCGUACACCCACAUUAAUACAGACGACAGCGGCUAAAGACAGAUUAUACAGAUCUGCAAAUCUGCCGCUGCCUCAAAUUUACUACAUGCUGCAGACUUUUAAUGCAAUGACUGGACUGAAUUCCUGCUGUGAAAUGCAUCUUUUCAUUAAAUCCAUUUACAUUGCAAUUUAAGAGAUGUUAAAAUUGAAUGAAUGAAUGAAUUCAUGAAUACCAGAUGCAAAGUCAUACUCUUGGUCUGCUGGUGGUAUGCUUGUCAGGGAUCUUCUCUGCUGGGCUGAAAACUUUUAGAAGCACAGAGCAACAUUUAGAGUUUACAUGAAAUGGUAUUCACUUACUUUGUAUUUUUUAAAGUCUGUCGCCUUCAUUUUCGAGCAGGUCUUGGCUGCCAGCUUUGAUAUCUUUUCAUCCAGUCAGACUUCACCUUUUAUAUGUUGCCAUGUCAUGGAAUUUGCCGAUGUUGUAAAUCUUUCUCGAAUCCAUUCCAAAAAAAACCCCAAAACGUUGGCAAUCAAUCUCUCAGUCUUUGUUAGCUCUUUCUGACAAUGUGGCCACGUUCGACGUUUCUUGACAUUCUGUCAAUUUUCUGGAGGUUUGCCCCCUAGUGGUGCCCCUGUUCACACACAGACACGCCCACGCAACCACACAAAUAUACAUACAGUAGAG